AUGAAUUUGGCACUGAUAGAUCCGUUCCAACUAGCUCAAGACUCUCCGGACGCUCUCACAAAUGACCUCAGAUCCGGCCAUGCCACCACUUUGAGAUUUAGUCGCAAGGGCGACUAUCUCGCCUCCGGUAGGGUGGAUGGAAAGAUCAUAAUUUGGGAUAUGGAGACGUACGGAGUCGCCAUGAAACUACAUGGUCAUUGGAAGCAGAUACAAAGUUUGAGCUGGUCUCGAGAUGGUCGCUACCUCUUGUCAGCAUCCCAGGACUGUAGAGCCUGUCUUUGGGACUUGCAAACUCAAGAACGUAUCCGCACCGUCAAAUUCGAAGCGCCAAUCUACACAGCGGAACUUCACCCUUACAACCACAAACUCUUUGUCGCCUCCCUUUUCGAAGACAGACCAUACUUGGUUGAUAUCACCGAAGUCAUUCCUGUCAAGCGCGUCCUUCCUACUACUCCGUUGAGUGAUAGCAUCCCUCGAUCCGAGAACAAGCAGGCCACCACCUCAGCAAUCUUCUCCGUGCUGGGUAACCAUAUCAUUACGGGCACCUCGAAGGGGUACAUUAAUAUCCUGGAGACAGAAUCGCGCAAGAUCAUUCACUCCACUAAGAUCUCCGCUGGUCUUAUUUCCCUGCUCCGCCUGACCACCAAUGGCCGCCAGCUUCUCGCUAACAGCACCGAUCGCAUCAUCCGCACCAUCAAUCUGCCUGAUUUGAGUCUAAUCACGCCCUCCACCGCCCCGGAUACUGACCCCAGCAGUAGCGAUGAUCACCAUGACCGCGACCCUGCCACCCUUGCAGAAAACAUUGUCCUAAAUGUCGAACACAAAUUCCAAGACCUGGUCAACCGCCUUCGCUGGAACCACUGCGCCUUCAGCCAUAGCUCCUCCACCGGCAUCGCGGACUACGUGACGGCCUCCACGUACAUGAAGAAGGAUAUCUACAUCUGGGAACUCCGCUCCAACUCUCUCCUCCGAAUUCUGGAAAACCGCGAGGAGCCCGCAAUCAUUGAAUGGCACCCUUCUCGUCCCCUGCUAGCCUGCACAAGCAUUGAAACGGGUAGCAUCCAGAUCUGGGGCAUCGAGCCACAACAAAAGUGGUCCGCAUUGGCUCCUGAUUUCACGGAAUUGACAGAAAAUGUCGAGUACAUUGAGCGUGAGGAUGAGUUCGACGAGUACCCACAAGAAGAACACCAGAAGCGCCGCCUGGACAGAGAAGACGAAGAUGUUGAUAUCCUGACGGUCGAGAGGAAGAUGGGCGAAGAAGAUAGCUUUGUCUUGCCGGUGCUGUACGACAUUGAGGACUCGGAUGGGGAUGAUCAGGAACUGGUGAGACACGGCGUCGGGACGCUGAGGAAGAAAGAUGUCAAUGAAGGGAAGGAGUAUGAGAAUGAUGGAGACGAGGUGCCCAAGACAAUAAGGAGACGGAAGUAUUAA